AUGGCUCCCACGAAAACAGUCGUGAAGCAGAACGAUAAGGCGCCUCAAUUCGAGGUCGACCCUGAUCAGGCUCUCAAAGCCUCCAAGGCUCUCCUGGCACACAUCCAGAAAACCGCAGCCGAGACUGCCGCCAACGCAACCAAGAAGAACAUUCUCGACGUCGCCGACAACGAGGAGGACGCACCCUCGGCCGCCGAGACGCCCAUCUGGCUGACCAUCACCACCAAGCGCCACAUCCACGACACCAAGAAGCUGCAGCCCGCCAAGAUCGCCCUCCCGCACCCCCUGCGCGAUGCCGACGCCGACCAGGAGGCCACCAUCUGCCUGAUCGUGCCGGAGCCCCAGCGCCACUACAAGAACCUCGUCGCCUCGGAUGACUUCCCCGACCACCUGCGGGCGCGCAUCACCCGCGUCGUCGACCUCAAGCACCUGACCGCCAAGUUCAGGCAGUACGAGGCCCAGCGCAAGCUCGCCUCCGAGCACGACAUCUUCCUCGGCGACGACCGCAUCAUCAACCGCCUGCCCAAGGCCCUGGGCAAGAGCUUCUACAAGACCACCGCCAAGAGGCCCAUCCCUGUCGUCUUGUCGAAAAAGAAGCAACAGCGCGACGGCGAGGCAAAAGCCCCGCGGAGUAAGAAGUCGGCCGCUGCUGCUGCUGCUGCGGCGGACCCGGACAACAUCAACUGCAGAUCCGCCAAGGAGGUCGCCGCCGAGAUCGAGAAGGCCCUCGGCUGCGCCCUCGUGCACCUGUCGCCCUCCACCAACACGGCCGUCAAGGUUGGCAUCGCCAGCCUGGGGCCCCAGGCGCUGUCUGAGAAUAUCGUGAAGGUGGCCGGCGAGAUAGCCACCAAGUACGUGCCCAAGAAGAAGAACGGCAUCAAGGCCAUCUUUGUCAAGGGACCCCAGACCGUGGCCCUGCCAAUUUGGCAGUCUGCCGAGCUGUGGGUGGACGCCGAGACCGAUGUGAUCGCGAACGGCUCCGAGCAGGCCAAGGCCAUCGAGGCCAAGAAGGAGCAGGCCAAUAUCGGCAAGAAGCGCAAGACUGCCGGCUCUGCGGAGGAGGAGGAGCCCGAGGCCAAGAAGGCCAAGCGGGCAAACCUCCCCGAGAGCAACGAUGACAAGCUCGACAAGCAGAUCGCCGAGCGGAAGGCCAAGCUGCGCGGCGCAAAGGCCAAGGCGAAGUCUGCUCUGGACGAGUAG